AUGAAAAUUCUUGACAAAGUGGAAUUUCGAGACGAAUGUAAUCAGUUUCAAGCGUCGUAUGUCACCUUCCACGACGGUGAGAAUUAUUACAAAGCUCAGUCAUCAGUUCUUGUACCGGAGAAAAUAGACGAAUGCAACGUCGCGACGUUGAGCAGUGUCCUCAUUCCACAACAUCACAUCUUCCCGUUAUAUGACCACAAUCUCAGCGUCAGUCAAUCGCAUAUUGUCGAGACUGGAUAUGUGAAGAUACCGACGCUAUUUCACUACAACGCCAAUGAACCUGACAAGAUACCUGCUCGUCUCUUGUGCGAAGCGCAAGUGCUCGAGGCUUUGUCAAAGAGCCCGCAUCCCAACGUUGUGAGAUAUAUGGGCUGCGUAGUGAAGGAAAAUCGCGUAGUUGGUCUGUGUCUAGAGAGAUGCGUCGAAACUUUAUACCAACGAACUUGGUUAAAAAGAGAAAAAGUAGACAAUAUGAAAGUAGUUGAUAGUGUGCGACGUGGUGUAAGCCAUCUCCACCAGCUCGGAUACUGUCACAACGACAUCAGUCUCGAAAACAUCAUGUUUCGCGAAGACGAUUCGAUUACAAUAGUGGACUUUGACUCAUGUCAACGAACUGGAGACAGGUUGGGGUCGAAGAAAGGAACUCCGGGCUUCUGUGAUGAAGCCGCUACUAUGUCUAGGCCUGAGAACGACUUUUAUAGCCUCGGCAAGGUGGAGGCAUAUCUACGAACCGGUAAACUGUUUCCGUAGUGAGGCCGUUGUACUCACCGGCACAUUGCGAUACUUCGUAUCCGAAGAUAAGCGUCAACGUGUAAUCGCAUCCUCUGCCUCUGCGCAGCUCUGAUUUUUUCCCCACCUCCUCAUCCGCUUUGUUUCUACUGCGUGGCUCGUUGGCAAGUUGGACAACCAUUUGCGCGUCUCGAUACGUUCACAGCACGUCAAUACGCUUCAAAUCAAUGACGGCGCCACCGCAGGGGACUUUAUUUUCGUGGAGGUUGACAGAAUGUUGGAAAGAAGCGGAGAGAGGACCAGAAGGAAAAGCGAUAAUUGAGUUGCUGGGAAUGGUGGUCAGGAUAAAACGCAUCUGUCGAAAGCGGUUGCACUUGAGCUGGUCGAUGCGAUAAUCAGCGAUUUAACUGGUCUCGAUCCGAUGCUGGAGUCGCCAGCCAAAUGGGAUUUUGGCUUGCACAAGUAUGCCCGAGAGAGUGGGUCGCGCCCGCGUUCACGAUUUCCAUCUUGACAACACGACAUCGCUAGAGCCGUGCAAAAAGUACUCCUUUACUGGCUUCAACCUACUGUA